GUGACUUGACCCUGCUUAGAAGAAGAAGAACAGAAUAAAAGGAAACAAACUAAAAGUAGGGUUAUAUUGAAAAUUUUAAUUCUGAUUUAAACAUGUUUAAAGCAAUAAAUUCUUUAUCAAAUCGUAGUACAUUAGGUAAAAUUAUUUUAAACAAUGUCUAUUCAAAAGUAAACAAAAGGACAUUUUUGUCGCAAGCAUAUUACUGUCGGGAAGUUUGGGAUCAUAGGUUAAACAAUCCAAUUCUUCAAAAACAAAACUUGGAUGAAUUAUACUAUGAGUUAGAUCAGAGAUUCCAAAAAACACGGCAGGUUAGUGCUGUUGAUGUAGACAUAUUUGUUAAUGCAGUGACGGAUGAUUCCUACAAUGAUGAAAUACUUGAUGUAGUUCACAAAUUACGAUUAAGCUCAGAUACAGGAAAUACUUUAGAGUCAACACCACAUGCCGUAGUUAGGACUUUAAUACAGCACGGAAAUAAGAAUGAUUUUUUGGAAGCUUUAGACGAUAGACUGAAUUAUGGAAUAUUUUUAAAUUUUUACACUGCAAACGUAGUGUUAGAUACCUACUGGAAAAGUAAGGAUUUUACAUCAGGUGCAAGAGUAGCUAGUCAGUUAAUGUUUCAAGAAGAAUUUAAUCAUCCACUAAGUAAAAAUCUUUCACUGUUGCACUGCUACAAUUUUCUUUUACACCCAGAAGGCUGGCCAGUGCAGUCAAAACCCGAAGAACCCGAAGAGGAAGUAAAGAUUAGAGUUAAAUUUUUAAGAAAUCCUUAUGAUGACAAUCAUUUUGAUUUAAAAGAUUCUCAUAAAAUUGUUGGAAAAACAUUAGCUAUGUUUACAAAAGGGGAGAUUGAUCCGUUAUAUAAAUCUUUGUAUGUUCUCGGGUUAGCUUUAUACAAUAAACCUGAAUUACUUGAAGAAGCUGUCCAUGAGUGCAGAAGUAAAAAUAUUGUUUUAUAUAAAGAAAUUAUUGACUUAGUACCAGAAGGUAAUGAAUCUAAAAAAGAUCUUCAAAGUUUAAAUACAGAAUCUAAAAAUGUGCAAGAUUUACUGAAAGCAAAUAUUGAGGAAACUGUUCAGAGAACAUCUGAAAAUGACAUUGCAAAUCAGUGUAAACUGUUCUUAAAAUGGGAGAGCGACAGAGCAAAUGCCUUGGAGGAACAGAAAAAACGAAUUCUUACAGCUAAACGUUUAACAAGUAUCGAAGAUCUACAGAAAGUACUGAAAGAAAAGGAAACAAAACUGUGGUUCUUCAGUAACGAAGAACAAAUUGAACUCGAUAUUGAAGCAAAAAAAGUGUUUUAUCCCAAGAGGUGGUUUGGUAACAAGAAGAAACCUAAAAAAAUUGAUGUAGGAUAUGUGCCUCCUGAGGUACAGUCAAAACAAAAUCUUGCUUAAUGAGUUAUAUAUUGUGGUGUAAAUAAAUUAAUUGAAAAUUUUA